GAUCAAAACUCAUCUGCUGGAAAAGCUGAUUGCACUGCAGGUUUGUCUUUCGCCUCGAGUUAAACAUGAUUCUCUUGUGACGGUGGAAUUGGUGGCACUUAAAGCCGACAGCUCAAAAUUAAAGCUAGGCUGUUGAUCUUGUGAAUAAUGGAGGAGGAUCUGAAAAAGACAAAAACAUACAAUGGGACCGUCUCGGGGGCCGUGGAGGCCAAAAACCCAGAUCAGCCUAAAGCAGCAGUUCUGCAACAGGAUGUGGGUCUGUUGAGCGGCAUCUGUCUGAUAGUGGGUACAAUGAUCGGCUCGGGCAUCUUCAUUUCCCCCAAAGCGGUGCUGGAGGGAACAGGCGCCGUGGGUCCAUGUCUGUGUGUGUGGGCAGCUUGUGGAGUGCUGGCCACGCUAGGGGCCCUCUGCUAUGCUGAACUAGGCACGAUGAUCAUCAAGUCUGGUGGAGAAUAUCCAUACUUGAUGGAGGCAUUUGGGCCAGUGCUGGCAUACCUGUACUCCUGGACCACCAUCAUUGUAUUAAAACCUUCAUCCUUUGCCAUCAUUGCCCUGAGCUGUGCCGAAUACGCUUCCACCCCAUUUUACCCAGGAUGCACUCCUCCUCAAGUGGUCACCAAGUGCCUGGCUGCAGCUUGCAUCUUAAUAAUUACUCUUGUCAACUGUCUGAGCGUGAAGCUGGCCUAUCGAGUGCAGAACUUUUUCACAGCAGCCAAACUCUUGAUAAUCAUCGUCAUUGUGGUUUCAGGCAUUGUUAUGUUGGCUCAAGGCAAUACACAGAAUCUCAGAGACCCAUUUGCAGGGGCAACAACAUCAUUUGGAGCAAUUGGCCUUGCGUUUUACAACGGUCUCUGGGCUUAUGAUGGAUGGAAUCAGCUUAACUUCAUUACAGAAGAACUGAAAAAUCCAUACAAAAACCUUCCCCUGGCCAUUAUUAUUGGGAUUCCUCUGGUGACUGUGUGCUAUAUAAUGGUCAACAUUGCAUAUUUCAGUGUCAUGACCUCGACUGAACUUCUACAGUCUUCAGCUGUUGCUGUGACGUUUGGUGACAGAGUGCUGUACCCACUAUCAUGGAUCGUGCCGGUGUUUGUGGUCUGUUCCACUUUUGGUGCAGCUAAUGGGAGCUGUUUCACCGCCGGCAGGUUGACAUACGUGGCGGGCCGUGAGGGUCACAUGGUUAAGAUCAUGUCUUACAUCAGUGUGAAACGUUACACACCUUCUCCAGCUCUAAUGUUUAAUGGCGUCGUGUCAAUCAUCUACAUAAUGCCAACAGACAUAAACACCCUCAUCAAUUACUUCAGUUUUGCUACGUGGCUUUUCUACGGGCUCACGUGUCUGGCGCUCAUCGUUAUGCGAUUCACUAGAAAGGACCUCAAGAGGCCUGUCAAGGUGCCGAUAGUCAUUCCUGCCUUAGUGGUGGUUGUGUCCUGUUACCUGGUUCUUGCUCCCAUCAUUGACAAGCCUGAGUGGGAGUAUUUGUACUGUACAAUGUUCAUAGUCGGUGGUCUUCUGUUAUAUGUACCCUUCAUCCACUAUAAAUUCAACUGGACUCGGCGCUUAAUGAGGCCGUUCACCAUGCAUCUUCAGCUGCUGCUGCAGGUCGUCCCGCCGGAAAAGACCGAGUGACAGAUGUCAAACCUGAGGUCAGACACUGAUGUAAUAGCCAGUAAUGGACAAAUGUGGAUAAGGGAUCUUUAAAGGGAACUGCUUGCUGCAUAUGGACAGAUUUUAUUUUUUUAUCAUCAUUAUUUUUUAUAACUAACACCAGACCACCAGCUGGAUUUACAUAUGUGUGUUCCCCGGUCACAGGGUUAUCUUUUUACUUUAAAGAAUACCACCUAACACAUCAUGAAUGUCUGUAAAUUAUGGCAAAUUUAAGUUUAUUUAACUUAUAAUUGUAUUGUUAUAUGCAGGGUUGUUGUAAAGUAUAGCAAUGAUAAGAUUUGUUGACAGGCAUGUUACAGAGAAAUGAACUAUCCAGAAUUAAAGGGUCUUCUGUGAAUACUAAACAAAUGUUUUCAAUCAGAGUUACAAAAGGACCAGCAGCACAGUCCUUAAAGUUGCUCAACUCAUAGAAAAUAAAAGGAUUUGCAAUAAUGUGGGACUUAUGUUGCUCCCUAUUCUUAGAUCCUAAUAAAGAGCAACCACUGGGCUUCUGAAAAUUUCAUUUUACAGUUCAUCCCAAUUAUUUUUACAGUAACUCAUCAGCCUUUAAUAACAGUCUGUGAAUAAUGCGGUUGUAACCGAUUAUAUAUGCUUUAGUUAAAGCACUAAGUGCACAUUAUUUCUUAUUUAAACGUAGUUUUGUAAAUAAUUUUGAUGAAUUAGAGAAAAAACACAUGAUUCAACCCUAAAAGUAAGCCAACAAAAACUCUCGCCCUACCCACUCCCAUUAAGCAGCAUGAAUAACAAACAACAAAUAAUUGUAUGCAUAUUAUACAUCUUUUGUAAUAAACAUAGAAAAUACUUUCUAUAGAUGGCCUAUAAAUCACCAUUUUAACACUCAUCUUCCCCUCCUGUCUAGCUUAUUGUAUAUUGUGGCUCAAAAUGUCCACAUGGACAAGAGUGACUUUUAUGCUUAAGUUAAAAUAAACACAUCUGUUUACAUUUGUAUCAAAAACAAACAAGAAAAAACAAAACAAUUCCCGUCAUUUUUUCCCUGUGAAAACCCAAAACUAUAUGCUGGAUCAUUGUGUCUCUGAUGCCCUCUUGUGGAGAAAAUAAACCACAUAAAGUUGCGUUUGUACUCGUGUGAUUGAGGAUGAUACUAACACAACAAAUACACUUAAAUAUGGAAACUCCAAUUUCAAACUUGAACUUGCAUUUUUGCAUUUAAAUAUGUAGCCAGACAUAAAAAUAUCUCCUCCAUUUCCUAUUAAGUCCUAAAUUAACUUAAUUCUUUGUGUGUAUUCAUAUUUAAACAAUGUUUUAAUUGAGUGAGCAUGUUAAUUCACCGAUGUAAUGCUUUAUAGGAUUGUAUUUCUGCUCCACAUCCUGUACACCGUCCUGUACUUUUGUCUUUGAUUAAAGUUUGUCAUGAUGUGAA